CUUUAUGGUUAUCUGUGAACAAACAGGAUUUAUGCAAAUGGUUACAGCAUCACACAUUUCCUAACUACUGAUUAUUUAAAUUUAGUAUAAAUAGCUGAUUGUUUCUUAAAUGUAUAAUCAUUCAACCCAAAACCAUUCAAAUAACAACAUGAAAUUCGCAGUCGCUGUUGUCGCUUUAGCUAUCGUAGCCCUCGUCGAGGCCGACGCAAGUAGCAAAACUAAAAAAACUGAAAAACCCGAAAAGAGAAGUAUUGGCGAACUCGAUUCAGGAUUUGGCUCUACCGGACACAGUUAUGGCUCCGGACUGGGAUACAGCAAUGGUCUCGGUUUGAGCUCCGGACUGGGAUACAGCAAUGGUCUCGGUCUGAGCUCCGGAUUGGGAUACAGCAAUGGUCUCGGUCUGAGCUCCGGAUUGGGAUAUAGCUCUGGUCUUGGUCUCAGAUACGGUUCCGGAUUAGGUUUGAACUCCGGAUUGGGAUUGUCCGGCGCCUCUUACGGCUCAGCUCUCUCCAAUGCUGCUAUCGCUGCACCAGCUGGUAUAGCUCUCGCACCAACCGCCGGACCUACCUACCAAAUUUCAAGAGAAGUGCACGUCAUUAACCGUCACGCACAACCCGUCUCUGCUCCAUAUCCAGUACCAGUAGAAAACACCGUAGCCGUUCCAGUACCGUCUCCAGCACCAUAUCCAGUGGAUCGCCCAUACGCAGUACGUGUUCCCCAACCAUAUCCUGUUCCGGUCGAAAGACCCGUACCAUACACCGUAGAGAGGCCAGUCGCUCAACCUGUUGCUUCACCAUACCCAGUGCCAGUUGUACGUAACAUCCCAGUGCCAGUUCAACAACCUGUCCCCGUACCACAAAUCCGUCAAAUCCCAGUACCAGUAGCUCAACCUUACGCCGUCGCCGCCCCAGCACAAAUCGCUUACUCCGCAGCUCCUCUUGCUUCUACCUAUAAUGCCGGUUACGGAACAUCUGGCCUCGCUUCCGGGUAUGAAUCAUCUGGAUACGGUGCAGGAUACGGAGCGUCUGCUCUUAGUACCGGAUAUGGAUCAUCUGGUUAUGGUGCAUCGAAUUAUGGCGCUGACUACAACUCUGAUGUCUCAGCUUCUUCGUCAUACGGUAAACACGGUUGGCACAAGAAGUAAUUUGUUGAUGUCUCACCAACUAGUUCCAUAAAAUUAUAGUAAAUUGUAAAUAUUGUGUUCAAAAAAAUGUUCAGCUUUUGUACAAUACUUGUUAGCGAUGUGUACCGAGUACAUCUAAUUAUGUCUGUUUUAUAGACUAUUACGACUGAAAUAAAUUGGUCUUAUCAAAUCA